AUGGCACUUGAACCAGUAGUAAUUAGUCUUCGCAGAGCAACAUCAGAUAAAUCCUGGGGAUUUGUAUUACAAGGUGGUGUUGAUCAAGGCUUACCAGUAUUUGUCCAUAAAGUUACACGUAAUGGAAUAGCUCAUAAGUCUGGACUCGAACCUGGAGAUGUAAUAUUGAAAAUAUGCGCAACUCCGAUCACUGGGAUGAUACAUGCCCAAGUGAAAGCUGAAAUUUUAAGAGCUGGUAACGAUUUGGAUUUUAUGGUUAAAAAACGUGAUUUCAAUGUAGUUGCAUAUAAUCAAACAAUGCAACAAAUUGCUGCUUCUAAUCGACCAAUUGAUGUCGCUUCAAAUUCACCUGAACCACGUGCUGAAAUAGUUGAAGAACAUUUAUGGCGACAUGGUGGUCCAACAUUUAAAAAUGUUCAACCAAAAUCAUAUAAAAUCCUUGAACAACAAUUACCGCAAUCAAGUAUGGGAGGUCCUGCACCGGGUUCUGUAUUCGACCGUAGUAUGGAUGAACGAUCACCAUAUUUACAAGCUACUGAGCAAACUAUUCAAAAAGCUUAUGGCGAGUCCUAA